AUGACGUUACGAAAAACUAUUUUUGAUGCUAAAAAUGGUAAUUUGAAGAUAUAUAUAAUUUAGUUCAUUUUUAUAUUUUUUCAGCAAAUGCAUCAGAUUUUGAAGAGCCACAGAAAGCUCCGAAUGUGAUUUGGCCGGGUCAAUUAGAAGAGCAGCUUGCAAAGGCAAAAAACAAGCGGAGAACAGAACGAUUUUCACAAGAUAGUGCAUAUCUUCAAACACCAGAUUCAAUCAUUUCUGAAAAUGAAAGUGAAGAUGAAAUUGAAAUCAAAGAAUUUGAAGAAAGUCCUCAAGAUCAAGUUAGAAAAUCACCUCUUCCUCGUGAAUUGUCUGACCCAAAAAUUCCUGAUUAUAGUCAAUAUACAGAUUAUUACCUUCAACCUCCAAUUGUUCUAAACAAUAAUAAUUCAAGCCCGUUUUUUCUUGUUACUACAAAUAAUUUUGAUAAAAAUCAAUAA